AUGUGGUCUUGGUUCGGCGGAUCCGCCGCUCAGAAGCGGAAAGAUGCGCCCAAGAAUGCGAUUCUCAUGCUUCGCGAGCAGCUGGACAUGCUCCAGAAGCGCGAGAAGCACUUGGAGAAUUUGAUGGAGGAGCAGGAUGCAAUUGCUCGGAAGAACGUAACGUCAAACAAGGCCGCGGCCAAGAAUGCCCUUCGACGGAAGAAGGUCCAUGAGAAGAACCUCGAACAGACGACGGCGCAGAUUGUUCAGCUAGAGCAGCAGAUCUACUCGAUCGAGGCGGCGAAUAUCAACCAGGAGACUUUGAAGGCUAUGGAGGCGGCUGGUGCGGCGAUGGCGAAGAUCCAUGGUUCUAUGACGAUCGAUAAGGUGGAUGAGACGAUGGAUACACUUCGCGAACAGCACCAACUCAGCACGGAAAUCGCAACAGCCAUCACAAGCACCUCUCUGGUCGAUCAACCAGACGAGGCCGACUUGGAGGAGGAACUCGAGGGUUUGGAGCAGGAGGCCAUGGACGAGCGGAUGCUCAACACAGGUACUGUGCCGGUUGCAGACCAGCUCAACCGUUUACCUCCUGCGGCAAAUGGAGAAAUCAAAUCCAAACCCCAGACCGAAGAAGAAGACGAGGAAGCAGAACUGGAGAAGCUACGUGCGGAAAUGGCCAUGGGAUAA